GCGCCGCGCUGCGCUGCGCCGCGCCGCGCGCCGAGCGCCGAGCGCCGAGCGCAUCAUCGUCGCGGAGCGUUCCCGGCGAUCUCGGAGAAUCAGGAUCACUCGCGGGAGCGAGGAUGUUGCGCGCGGCCUUCGCCGUCCUACUGCCCCGGCUCCUCGUAUUGUCGUCGUUGCUGAUCCAUUCAGGCGUCGUCGUCGUCGUCGUCGCCCUACGCAUGACGUCCCUGCAGAUACCGGAGCACGUCGUGCUGAAUGAGACGGUGCGCAUGCAGUGCAACUUUAACUUGGACAAAGAGCUAUUGUACUCCGUGAAGUGGUACAAGGACGGCCACGAAUUUUAUCGCUAUACGCCCAGAGACGCGCCCAUGGUGUUAACGUUCCCGGUGCCUGGCGUAAACGUAAACAGGGACGAGUCCACCGAGAGUUCGGUUGUCUUGAACAACGUGAAUCUGACGAGCUCGGGGAGGUAUCGAUGCGAGGUGUCGGGCGAGGCCCCCGCCUUUGAGACGGUCUCUGAUCACGGGGACAUGACUGUAGUUGUUCUACCUAACGAAGGACCGCAGAUAACCGGUGGUCGUUCCAAGUAUCAAGUCGGCGAUGUCGUUCACAUGAACUGCACGUCGGCACCUUCUAAACCACCUGCGCUAUUGUCUUGGUUCAUCAACGACGAGCCGGUUAACACCGACUACCUGAUAGGGCCCAAUGUUGUCAACGAAGGGAAUGGCCUGGAGACCGCGAGACUCGGUCUGAAAUUCCGCGUCGCGAACAAGCACUUCAGGCGAGGCGACAUGAAGCUAAAGUGCUUGGCCACAAUAGCCACGGUCUAUCUACAGAGCAACGAAGAGAGCGUGGAGGGCGACGAGAGCAUUCUGAAAACGCCUAUAAUGGAGAGUCGCGAGACCCGGGCACAGAGCCACACUCGCGAGGAUCUGACGAACGGAUCCACAAGUGUUGCAGUCCAAUGGACGAUCCUCAUCGUCACUCUGAUCACAUCGAUCGCAGUCGCGCGAUAAUAAUGACGAACGUUUCUUUUUCCUUUUUUUUUUCUUGUCCCCUUUCUUUUCUUUUUCCACGUUGCUUCCUAAUCAUGUAAACGUUAGGAGAGAUCGGUUUCACCCUAUCUACUACUAAUUCCUAAUUCGCAUAAAAUAAAGCGAUACCAAUAUGCAUAUAA